UUGUCCAUGGGUCAUUCACUGUCCCUUUUGCCUCUUGCUGUUGGCAAGGGUGAUUUGGGGUCCCCAGGACCCUGGCUUCACUAUGACAGCAGCAGACUCAAGUAUCAUCUUUGAAAUUCACUGCUGGCCUGGUAACUCCACAAUCUUAGGCAUUGAAAGGAGCUUGAGAAGACCCUGACUAUGAUACUUUUUGUAGCUUGUAGAGCAGUAAUGAGCUAGGUCUCUGCUCUCUUUCCUCAGAGUCACAGAUCUGGAAUGUCCAAAGUUUAGUAAUAUCUGUAAUGCAGGGCCUCAUAGCCACAAUGGCUCAACUUAAACUUGGGUUUUUUUGUAUUUGUAGUGAUCUCCUCAAUUUAUAGUAUGUUCUCAUAUUUCCAUCCUCAUGACAGGUAGUGGCAAAGGUCCUGGGAAUUCAGAGAUGUGUAGUAGUGUGCCUCAGUGGAAAAAGGCUUCCCAAACAAGUGAUGAACUCUUGUGUAUUAUACGGAUCAGUGCAAAAUAAUUUCUGAACAUACUUAGUUAUUUAUGUGGCAUGCCUGCUCACAGACUAGGUUUGUGAGAACAGCCAUAGGGUUUUGAAGUCUGAGAAAAAUGAAGCAAAUAUGAAAGUGUUAUCAAGGACAGGGUAAAAAUUUGUGAAGGACAAAUUCCUGAAAGGGUUACCUGUUAAAUUCUCAUCAAAAAAUGCUGAAAUUUAGGCAUUUGCAUGGACAUAUACACGUGAUAUCCUUCUGAGUGGAAAGGAAUAGGUGCGUCAUCUCUGAAUUAAGAGCUGAUUUAGUGGCUUGGUUGUUCACAGACAGUUAAAUAUGGAAAUGCUCUGCAAUGGAAUUUACUAAGUGGUGUAAAGGACAAGCUCUAAAUUUUGCAGUGAUAUCAAUAGUUAGGCAUUAAGGGUUUCCUGCAGAGGAUGGAUCAGAGGAGCGUGGAAAGGAUGUACAAGUGACUGACAGAAUGCAGGAAGCCAAUAGCAGGGCAUACAACAGAGAGGGUCUUCACUGAAAUUCAGGUAGUUCUUAGAGUAAGUGUGAAGUUAAAGUUGGGUUCUGAUUGCUUCCUUGAGGUGAUCAAAUCCAGCUCUGGCAACAAUUAGUGUUUCACAUCCUUGUAAACCCAUGAAUUUUCUGUUCCAUACUUGAGAUCUAACUUGGAUUAUCUCUAAUUAUGCCCCAGUGUCAUGAAGGUAAAAUGUGGAUCUUUUUUUGUACCAAGGAUCGAACUCAUGACCUAUGCUUUCCAGGCAGGCGUUCAUGCCACUAAGCUAAAUACCCAACUAUGAAAGUGUUUUCUUUGUUGUAUGGCAGAUAUCCACAUUGUUUCUCAUAAAGUGUGAAUAUUUUUGGAAUUUUUCCAUAUUGUAUGGGUAUAAUUUUUAAAAACAAACCAAAGGUGUCUUAUGCAGUCUCUUUUCAAGUUUCACUUUGUCUGUGGGGUGUCACAGUCAGGGUUUCUCUAUGUUAGACAGCUCUGUAACUUAGGAUAGCCCCAAAUUCAAGGAAGACGUCCUUCACCAGCCUCACAGGACAUAUUUCUUAUAUGUGAAUUGAAAGUGAACGCUUGGUGACAGUGAGCUAUAAAUUACAGCUUGGGCCUCUUUCCCUUUUAUAUACUUAUUUUUUAAAAAAAGCAUUUUUCACUAACAUUUGAGUUAAUAUUUGUGUACCAUAUUGGAUGUUAUUUAUGUUUUGUUCUAUGAAACCAAAUUCAUGUUUCAAAAUGCUGUUGAAGUAUAUUAAGUACAAAGUAUUCACUGGCCUAAAUGAGAUUUGAAGAGACAUUAUCUAUAGCCUAUCAAAGUGAUUGAUGAGAUUUUUUUUCUUUUUGUAAAUUUUGAAAGUGGUAAAAUACAACAGAACAAGGCAGAAUAAGGCCAACUAAGAUCAUACAGUGAAAAUGGUACACAACUUCACAACUGGUUACUGCGAUAACAGUAAUAGGUAUCACAGUAUACUUUAUUAUCUUUAUAAUAGUUUUUUUUUGUCUUUUUCCUUUUUAUCAGUACCGGGGAUCGAACCCACGACUGUCUUCUUGCAAGGCAGGUGCUUAUGCCGCUGAGCUAAAUCCCCAGCCCCAAUAGUUGUUCUUUCAAACACAUAUAUCAAAAUGAGAUGAAAUACAGAACAUUAUAGUACUUAUCAAAACAGAAUAUUGAAUAGAGCAAUACCAUUAAUCAGAAUAGAGCAAAACAGUAAUAAAAAUAUUUGCCUCCAAAGAGAUAGUACAAGGAAGGCCCCCUUAUUCGUUAUGGUCUGCUUCCCAGGAGAUGCUCAGAUUUCUGAUUCCCAUUUGCUAACGGGGGGGGGGGUGACAGGAGAAGAAGGGUAGGAAAGUGGGAUGUUUGAUUCUAGGCCGUACAUCAAUAGGUUCACUACUGCUUAGUAGGGAGACAGGCCGGUUGUUUGGUUUCACAGCGUCCUAAGUUCCCACUUGGCGUGGAUCUCAGGAGUUGCUGCUGAUUCUCCCCCUGGAAGGGCCACAUUCUGCGAGACCGCCACCGCUUACCAGGGAGAAGUGGUGCUUGCUUGCCUUCCAAGUGUCCUAAAUUGCAGCAUGGCAUGGAUCUCAGGAGCUGCUGCUGGUUUCCCCCUGGAUAGGCCACAGUCUGGCAAAUCAUCACCACAUACCAGGGAAGGGAGGUGCUUGUUUGGCUUCCCAUUUAAUUGAUGGGAUAUUUAUCUGGUUCUGUGCUUUGUGGAUGCUGGUCCAACAGGCUUCUCACUGUGAGCUCUGCUUUAGAGACAGUACACAGGGAAUAUUGCAGUGACUCAGCACAAGAAUCAGUGCUCCUAUUUCACUCUUACAUUAGCAGUGAGUUGCAAUCUAUCAUCAAAUUUGCUGUCUUCAAAAAUGUGCAUAUACACAAAAUUAAUGACCAAGACAUGGAUUUAAAUUUGAAGAUAUCAGUCUUCAUUCAGCUGUUUUGUUUGGUUGUAUUUGUUUACUUUUGUUUUGUUUUAUUGAGACAAGCUUUCUGUAUGUAUAUCAGCUAGAUUUGAAUAUCCUGUGGAGCCUAGAAUUGCCCUGAACUCACUGAAAGCAUCCUGCCUCAGCAUUUUGAGUGCUGGAAUUAUAGAUAUAUACCACCACACUUUGCUUUUGAUUCAAAUUUGUAGGAGAGAAUAUAAGAUUUCCCAAAACCUGGUGUCUCAACCUUUGUGUGAGAAAUAUAUGUAUGAUGCUUUAGGAGGUGGUGACCUUGGAGGAUGUGGUUGUGAAUUUCAGCAAUGAGGAGUGGACUUUGCUGAGUCUAUCCCAAAAGAACCUCUACAGAGAUGUGAUGGGCGAAACCUUUAGGAACAUGACUGCAAUAGGAGGACUUGUGGAUAUCCAGGAAGCUGAAAAAGAAUGCAAAAUUUACUGGAGAUACUUAAGCUACUGAGACUCUGGCACCACUCUGCCCCAGGCCAUUGGGCCUGUAGAACCAAUGGCCCUCCUCUGCCCGUUCAGAACCCCGCGGUUCCAGACAAGCUGGGCCCCAGGGACACUGCGCGCCCACCUGCCCCCCGGUAGAUCCACAGCUCCUGGAUCCCAGUCGGGCCAGGGUACUCACCACAGACCGCCGUGCCUCAGGAGCCCAUGAUCCCUCCCUGCCCGCAGAGACGUCCACAGUCCUCCAGACAAAGGAAGCGCCUCCUGUGGGCACUCCGGAUCCACCCAGCUCCUCCUCUGCACACAGAUGGCUAUGCGCGGCUGGGCACAGGCUGAGGUGCCUCAGGAACUUGGGAUCUCUCCUCCUCCAGACAAAGGAAGGGGCCUCUGCAGGCACUCCGGAUCCGCACAGCUCCCCCUCUGGACACCGACGGCUAGGCGCGGCCGGGCACAGGCCGAGGUGCCUCAGGAACCUGGGAUCCCCCCUCCCCCAGACAAAGGAAGGGGCUUCUGCAGGUGCUCCGGAUCCGCGCAGCUCCUCCCCUGCACACCGUUGGCUAGGCGCGGCUGGGCACAGGCCAAGGUGCCCCAGGAACCCGAGAUCCCUACUCCUCCAGACAAAGGAAGGGGCCUCCGCAGGCGCUCCGGAUCCGCACAGCUCCUCCUCUGCACACCGACGGCUAGGCGCGGCUGGGCACAGGCCGAGGUGCCCCAGGAACCCGGGAUCCCUCCUCCUCCAGACAAAUGAAGGGACCUCCGCAGGCGCUCCGGAUCCGCGCAACUCCUCCCCUGCACACCAUUGGCUAGGCGCGGCUGGGCACAGGCCGAGGUGCCCCAGGAACCCGAGAUCCCUCCUCCUCCAGACAAAGGAAGGGGCCUCUGCAGGUGCUCCGGAUCCGCGCAGCUCCUCCUCUGCACACUGAUUUAAACCACGGGUUCUACAUCAGGUUUGAUUAUUAACUGCUUUCACAUCCUACAACGUCUUCAAAUUGUGUUUUUAUAAAAAUAGCUAUAUAAUGUUAUGCUUAAUUGUAUAGUCCCUGGUGAUGUGGACAAUUCUAUUGAAAAUAACAAGAGAAAGCAUAGUAAGUACUUUAUAUCACCUAAUAUUGUGGUCUUAUAUGUCUCGUUCAUAUCAUGAUUUUGUAGGAAUUUGUUUUGUUGUCUUAUUUUGAUCUGUUUUCCCCCAUAACACAGAAAGGAUAGAUAUACACAUAGAGAUUCACACAUUGGAAGAAUUUCUCACCUAUUUAUUUGAACAAAUAAUAUAAUGCAUAAUGUAAUGAACAGAUACUCUGAAGAAGAAAUGACACUAAGAAACCCAAAGCUAAUUCUGUAGCAUUAUGGUAUAAAAUUGAGCAAUAGUAUUAUUCACUGUUCAGAGUGAUAUUAGUCUAGUCUCUUAUUUUUUUGUGAACUGUAAUUUUAACAUGGCAUUGUUUUAAUCUUUUGAUGCACAUGCUUCAUUUUCUCUUCCAUAAAUGAUGUUUCUGAAGUUGAUGCAAUAUUUGGCAUUAAGAUAUACAUUUGUAGAGGUUGGAGUAUGUGUUUUUGACAAAGUUAUGUUCAUUUCACAUAACUUGUACAUUAAUGAAUGUUAUGUUUUCCAAGUUGUGACAAGACAUCUGCUGAUUUCCUUACAUCACUGGAUAUCAUACCAUGUAAAUUAUGUUGCCUGAUUUUGUUUCUCGGUGGAGCCAAUAUUUGUCAUUUAAGUAAACCUUUGUUUUUCUAACCAUCAGAAUUUUACUUGUUAUGUUGAUAUUACAUCUUUAUUUGCUAGUAAGGUUUCCCCACAUGUACCAAAUGUAAACCAUACUACUGUGAAUUUCUGAUUGUGCCAUAGUGACAGAAUCAUAACUUGUCUCCAAUAGCACAUCACAAUAUAUAUAUAUAUAUAUAUAUAUAUAUAUAUAUAUAAUCUCCAGAAAUUAUAAAAUUUGGCAUGAUUUAUGAGUAACCAUACUUUGAAAUCAAUUUUUCUUAAAUAUGGAGUUGUUUGGGGGGAAAUGUUGUUAUUAGAUCUAUCAUGCAAAUGCCUUUAUUUUAUUCCUUGAUGCUGUGAAUGCAUUAUAUAUUUUGUAAUUAUUACUGUUUUUUCCUAAAAUACUGAAGUAAUGGCAUGAAGGGAAACCUAAAUUUUGAGCUGUCAACACAGUAAAAAGUAAAUUUGCUAAAUUAAGAUUCAGAUUAUGUUCUGUUUUGCUGAAUUGUGAAUUUAUACAAUGGCAUAUCACUUUAUUUAUCAGGACCAGUGCAUGAUGUUUGUGGUGUGUACUGAUUAUCUUUAAACACAUACACUGGGCCAUGAGUCCCAGCUGGUUUCCUGUGGCCUGUGGUUUUCACUUCCAUUUUAACAUUCAUGUAAUUUGUAAUAUGUUUAAUGCUGUGUUGUUGAAUACAAAAUCUGCUUAGGAAUUAUGUUGUUAAAAACUGUGGUGUUAUGAAAACACAAGUGAACAUUGCAUUAAAUACCCUUAAUCCAGUGAAGAUAUCUUGCCCAAGUCUCAAUUAUCCUUGGGAAAAUAAAUUACUUACCUCUUAUGUAAUCACCACUAAAACUAUAUCUAUAUUGUGCCUGAAGAACCUGAUAUACUUCACAAAGUAAAAGACACUGUGAAGUACAUUGUCAGUCUGUAUGUACUACAGCAUGUGGCCAGAUUCCCUGCAGCAUAUUUCUGAUUACCAUCAAUGGGAAUAUUUGGAGUUUGUAUUACAGCUAAUAAUAGAAUACUGAAUCUAUAAGAAUAUAUCCUGAGUCUAUGCACUUUCUCAUUUUACCAUGAAAGUAAAUCUUGCUCGUCCUGUUGAUGCAUGCUUGUAAUCCUAGCACCUCAGUGCACUUAAAUUAGUGGAAGAGGAAGUUGAGUCUAACCUACACAAUUAGAGUGACCUCGUCUCAAAAUAUAUCUUCAAGUUCUGCAGAUGUAGCUCAGUGCUUUAGAUCUCCUCCCUUUCUUCCCCAGCAUCAACAUUUUUUAAUACUCACAAUUGCACAACAGUAGUUGUCCUUUUAUCGGUUGGCCAUAUAGCAGUUAUUUCGGAGAAUCACUUGUGAAACACAUUUGUUUUUGCAGUGACCAUCCUGAGCAUCAUUUGGGCACUUGUCAAUUUAACCCAUUCAUUCUUGUAUUGAAUAUAGUAGAAUUGUCACUUUUAUAUUACUUGUUAUUUUAUAAAUACUAAUAAAAAGUAUGCAAUUUUUGAUCAUUUUCCAUUUAAAUAAUUGCAUUGGUAAGGAGUUACCUACAAAGAUUAGGCUAAAGAUGAUUUCUUUAGUUCAAGCAUCAGGAGAGAAUGAGAUGGGAUGAUAAUUGCUUUGAAGCUGACUUUGGGAGGCAAUUGCUAGAUGGUUUAGCAGAGUGUGAAACAGUUGUUUUUAUGCCUGCAUUUGAAGUUUAAGGAAACAAGUACGUUGAGGUCAAGAAUAUAAAUGUACGAUAGGGUAAAUGAAUAACUACUGAAAAUUUUGAUUUUUCUUUAUUCAGGAAGUGUACUUUUUUUGGUAAUUUGUGCAGCAGUCUCAAAUAUGCCUCUAUUGGAGUAAAACAUAGUGAAACAUGAAAGAACCAGACAUUCCAGGUUCUGAAUGUAGAGGUAUUAAAAAACAUGUUUUUAAAUACUAUUGCUGCUUUUUUGUGUAGAAAAUAGAUAGGGUGACAAACAAGCAAAAAGGACUUUGUAAGAUUUUAAUCCUCGUGCAUAAGCAUAGAUGCCACAAAAAAGUCAAACCAAAAUGAUGAAGAAAUAAACUGUAGAAAGAGAGAAAUUUUGCCUAUUACUCCUUGACAGCUUACACGUAAAAGCAAUAGGAACGUGAAAGGAACACACAUUUUUCAGACUAUGUACAAAUUGCCAAGAAAUACUUGAAGAACUAUUGAGCAUUUUUGCACAAUAGACAAAUGCAAAUGGGGACAUCAUUUCAUUACAGAGAGAACUAAUCACCAUAAGAUCUAAAGAACAUUCAGAAGACUACAGGAGAAAAGGAACUAUUUAAUCUUGUUGGUGGAAAUGUAUUUAAGUAGUUCAACUACUACUGAAGUCAGUUUUUAAAGUGUACAAAAGACUAAAAUUAGUAAUUCUCAUUAGUGCAGUGCCUCCUUUAGUGGGUGUCUUCCCCAAAGAGUUAAGGACAUAUUGCAGUGAUUCAUGCAGAUUCCUGUUACUGCAGCAAUAGUCAUUUUUCUGUGGAGAGCAGCAGCAAGCACUGCUCCAUCACCACCAAAUACCAAUGAUGAACAACAAAUAAUCACUAGUGUACUCCAUUUGAUAAAUGGUGUAAUAUUUUAUUGAGAAGUCGGCUGUGACUUAGGUUUUCCAGUAGACUACAGGUCAGUAUAAAUAUGAUUGUGAUGCUAAUGUCACAAGGCCAUCACUAGUACACUAUUUUGCUCAUUGGAUUUGAUGUAUUUAUCUAUUUGAGGAUGCAUGUUGCUAUGAAGUUCAGGCUGGCAUUGAGAUCACAUUAUAACCCAGAGUGGUCUCAAACAAUUCUCCUUCCUUAGUGUCUCAAGUACUGGGCUCCACACAAGAGCCACCAGGCCUAGUUUACAUUUGGUAUAUUACGUGCAUAUUUAGUAUAUUUUAUUUCAACUGUUUUUGUUGUUAAAGUAUUUCCAUAUUUUACCUCCAGCAUUUCUAGAAAUUUGGCGUUAUUGAGGUGGUGAUGUGCAUAUCCCCAGCCUCAUGACAUUAUCUGCUGUGUUCAGAGCUGUCAGUGUACUGCAUUGAAACAUAGCUGUACAUAACUGUUUCUUUUUCUACUUUCCUUAGAAAACAUUUUUAAAAUCUCCAUGGAUAAUCACAGGUUCAAUAAUACUGGCUAGAGUUUCAUGCAAAUUCUCAAAGUUAAGUACAGUGUAGCACUGAGCCGAAGAUACUCUCUGUCAUCUGAGAGUCUUUAUAGUCCUUUCUGUACACACACUUUGUGCCUGAGCCAGCAUCUGUUGUGGGUCCCAAAGUCUGCUGUAAAUCUAUGGAACACAUAGCUUUGUGACCGCCUCUAGACUGGUGUCCUAUAUGCCACUCUGCUGAGGCAGAGCACAGCUUCUGACAGGAAGCCAGAGGCUCUGAGGCUCUGAACAACACAGGUUUUUCUUUGUGAACACAUAUAAUCUUAUAUUUCUGUAAGACAGACAGCUCUGUUCCAUAUUUCUACCCAGGAAGACAGAAGAAGAAUCUGGAGACUGUGGAUUAAACCGUGGUGCUGCCCUUCUGCUCUGCCAGCCCGGUCUUGGGUGGGAACCUGACAGUGGCCCAGGCUUGCAUCCCCCCCGACGUGCACCUGCACAUGAGGAUCUGCCCUCAGGGCAUGUCAGACCCAGUCACACUUGACUUAGGGCAGGAAUUGUGUAGGGGGAUUCACAGUGGUGGUCAGGCCUUAAUGUUACUCUGCUGGACUCAGUGAGUCUGAGUGAUUUAAAGACCCAAUCCAGAAAUGUGCAUCUGAGAUGAAAUAUACAGUACUCAGAUGAAGAAAUAGAAAGAGCAAAUAAAUAUGUGACAAAAUGUUCUGCAUCACUCGUCAUUUUACAAUUCAAAAUUAAAUAACACUGAUAUGUCACCUUGCCCCAGAAAAAAUGCCCACUGUCAAGAAAUCAAGCAAUAACGCAUGCUGGAGGGGUUGUGGGGGAAAAAGGAACCCUUCUCCAUUGUUGGUGGUAAAGCAACCACGGUGGAAAUCAGUGUGGAGAUUCCACACAAACUAGGUCUACAGGUCCCACUCAACUCAGCUAUUCUUCUUUUGCGUAUCUACCCAAAAGAAUAAAAAUCAUCAUACCACAGUGGUAUAUGUGCACCCACGUUUAUAGCAGCACAGUUUGUGGUAGCCAGAUCUUGGAUGGAAUGCAUGACCUCUAGCUUGCCACGCAGGCGCUUAAGCUAAAUCCCUGGAUCACUUUUUUACUUUUUAACUUUCAAAUAAAAUGGGUUUGGGAGAAAAAACAAGGACUGAGGUAAAGACUUUCAGUGCAAAUACCUAUCAGAAGAGCUGAGGUCAACAUUCCAGAAGACAGCCAGCUCCAGAAGACUUCACCAUCUUUUAUUGGGGAUCCACAGUUACAGGGUGGGUUUUUUUUUCUGUAAUUAUUCUUUGUGGGGAAGGCAGGCCGGAGAGCAGGAGCCAAUCAGUGAUGAAGAGGCUGGCUGUAAGAACUGUCCAAUCAGGCGGGCCAAGGUAGGCGGUGUCUUCCGGUGUCAUGGCGUCAAUUGCAAGGCCAGCGCAAAAAAGGGAGCACUAGAUGUUUGCUAGACCACUAUUUUUUGCUUGUAUUCGCUGUGAACUGCUUAAAAAGAACCUGGGAGACCUCCAAACUACACAAUGGAGGUGGUGACAUUUGAGGAUGUGGCUGUGAACUUCAGCAAUGAGGAGUGGGCUUUGCUGAGUCCAUCCCAAAAGAAGCUCUACAGAGAUGUGAUGGGCGAAACCUUUAGGAACAUGACUCUGAUAGGUGGACUCGGGGAUAUCCAGGAAGCUGAAAAAGAAGGCAAAAUUUACUGGAGCUACUUAAGAAAUGACAAGCUAGGGAAAUCCUAUGGAUAUACAUCUGGAGAUGUAUGGAAUCAGUGUAAAGAAGUCUUCCUUGGUACUGAAGAAGGUAAUGUGAAUGCGAAAGAAACAGAAACACAUGACAAUGUUCAGGUCCAUGAAAAAUAUUGCAGUGGAGGGAAACCCUAUGUAUGCAAGCAAUGCGGGAAAGGUUUAACCACACCUGGAAUUUGUAAGAAACAUGAAAGAAUUCACAGAGGAGAAAGACCCUACAUAUGUAAUCAAUGUGGGAAAGCUUUUACAACACAUACAUAUUGUCAAAUACAUGAAAGACUUCACUCUGGAGAAAAACAUUAUGAAUGUAAGCACUGUGAGAAAGCUUUCAGCACACACACUUAUUGUGUAAUCCAUGAAAAACUUCACACUGGGCAGAAAUCGCAUAUAUUUAAGAAAUGUAGGAAAGCUUUUAGCAGUAAAAUUCAUUUUCAAAUACAUGAAAAUGUUCACACUGGAGAGAAACCCUAUGUGUGUAAGCAAUGUGGAAAAGGUUUCACCCGACUUGGAAGUUGUAAGGAACAUGAAAGAAUUCACACUGGAGAGAAACCGUAUGUAUGUAAGCAAUGUGGGAAAGCUUUUAAAACACAGCGAGAUUGUAAGAAACAUGAAAGAAUUCACACUGGAGAGAAACCAUAUGUAUGUAAGCAAUGUGGGAAAGCUUUUAAAACACAGCGAGAUUGUAAGAAACAUGAAAGAAUUCACACUGGAGAGAAACCAUAUGUUUGUAAGCAAUGUGGGAAAGCUUUUACCCAACAUGGACAUUGUAAGAAACAUGAAAGAAUUCACACUGGAGAGAAACCCUAUCUAUGUAAGCAAUGUGGAAAAGCUUUUAGCACACGGGGAGAUUGUAAGAUACAUGAAAGUAUUCACACUGGAGAGAAACCAUAUGUAUGUAAGCAAUGUGGGAAAGCUUUUAACAGACGGGGAGUUUGUAAGAGACAUGAAAGAAUUCACACUGGAGAGAAACCCUAUCUAUGUAAGCAAUGUGGAAAAGCUUUUAGCACACGGGGAGAUUGUAAGAAACAUGAAAGAAUUCACACUGGAGAGAAACCAUAUGUAUGUAAGCAAUGUGGGAAAGCUUUUACCACACAUGGAUAUUGUAAGAAACAUGAAAGAAUUCACACUGGAGAGAAACCCUAUCUAUGUAAGCAAUGUGGAAAAGCUUUUAGCACACGGGGAGAUUGUAAGAUACAUGAAAGUAUUCACACUGGAGAGAAACCAUAUAUAUGUAAGCAAUGUGGGAAAGCUUUUAUCACAUUGGGGGAUUGUAAGAAACAUGAAAGAAUUCACACUGGAGAAAAACCCUAUGUAUGUAAGCAAUAUGGGAAUGGUUUUACCAACUCUGGACAUUGUAAGCAACAUGAAAGAAUUCACACUGGAGAGAAACCAUAUGUAUGUAAGUAAUGUGGGAAAGUUUUUACCCAACAUGGAUAUUGUAAGCAACAUGAAAGUUCACACUCAAGAUAAAAGCAGAGUAUAUAAGCAUCAUGAGAAUGGUUUGAGCACACAUAUAUAUUGCAUAAUGUAUGAAAAUCUUCACACUGGGCAGGAAACUAAUAUAUGUAAGGAAUGUGGGGAAGGUUUCAGCAGAAAUGCUCCUUGUGCAAUACAUUAUAAAAUUUAGACUAUUGAGAAACCCUGUGUAUGUGAAGAAUGUGGGAAAGCUUUCACCGCACAUGGAUAUUGUAAAAUACAUCCAUGACUUUACACUGGUGAGAAACCCUAUUUAUAUAACAGUGUGGCAAAGCUUUUACCACAUGCAGUCAUUGCAAAACACAUGAAAGAAUUCACACUGGGAAAAACCACUGGCUAUGUAAGCAAGUGGAGACACUUUCAGCAGCCAGAUUAUAAGUGAAGUACAUGAAAAACUCACACAAGAGAUCAAUCCUAUGUGUUAUGGGAAUACUCUCAGCAUACUUGAUCAUUGUUACAUAUCUGAAAGAGCUCACUGGGCAGAGAUCCUAUGUGGAUAAACAAUGUGAGAAAUAUGGCAAUCCAUGUUUCUUGUUAAAUACAUAGAAAAAGUGUCACUGUUCAGACAGUUUAGAUCUAAAUUUACUUUAAAAAUCGCAGAGAGACCUGAAGAAAUAAUCAAUACAGAAGUUAAAUGUCAAUAUUUCUUCACAAAUAUUUCAGAAAUGACAAAUCUGAGGUGGAGCUCUCCUCAGGUGCACAUGUUGUAUGGUUUUCAGUUAAUCACUUGUACUUCUCUAGAUUUUUUAAUCUAGAUGUUUUUGUUCUUCAACAUGGCAUCUUGUAAUUAAACAUGCUAAACUGAAAUGGGCUUUUCACUUUCAAGUAUGGAUAGUGUCUAUGUACUUAAUAUUUUUUCUGUAAAACUUAAAUUUUAUAUUUUUGGUGAAUUGUAAUGUUUAUUUAAAGAGAAAAAAGAAAACGUGUAGAAAUAAUACAGAAUUUCAGAAAAAUAAACAAUAAGAAAUCA